AUGUUGACAAUAAGUCAAGUUCUUACAGCUGUGGCUGUAUUUCUUCUAAUUACGUAGUUUUUAAAGUUGCAACGAGUACGGAGACGGCUUCCUUCUGGACCAAUUGCUCUCCCAAUUUUUGGGACCUUGAUACAGCUGAACUUUCAGUUUAAUCGUGAUGUUCUCAUGAAGCUGGCAAAAAUUCAUGGCAACAUAUUCACCUUGUGGUUUGGAUGGGCCCCAGUGAUCAUACUGAAUGGAUAUCAAGCAGUUAAGGAUGGUAUGACCAUGCACCCUGAAGAUGUUUCUGGGAGGCUAGUGUCUCCUUUCUUCAGAGCAAUGGCCAAAGGAAAAGGGAUUAUGUUGGCAACUGGUCACACCUGGAAGCAGCAGAGGAGGUUUGCACUGAGGACUCUAUGCAACCUUGGUCUGGGGAAAAGAGGUCUGGAGCACCGAGUUCAAGAAGAGGCCCGCUGCCUGGUAGACUUCUUUGCAAAUAUCAAAGGGAAACCCCUGGAUCCUUCUUUCCUUCUUGUUCAUUCCAUCUCAAAUGUAAUUUGUGCUGUCGUUUUUGGACAUCGCUUCUCCAGAGAGGAUGAAACCUUCCAUGAACUGAUUAGAGCCACAGAGCUGCUAAGACGUUGUGGUACCUCUUGCGUGUCACUCCUACAGCUGUAUGAAAUCUUCCCCUGGUUGAUGUGCCGUCUCCCUGGUCCUCAUAAGAAGACAUUGUCUUGCUAUGAUGUCCUGAGCUCUUUUACAAGGAGAGAGAUCAGAAUGCACAUGGAGCGUGGGAUACCAGACGAACUGCAGGAUUUCAUUGACUUUUACCUGGCUCACAUUGAAAAAUCCAAAGAUGAACCCAGGUCUAAGUACAAUGAAGAUAACAUGGUUUAUUCUAUAAAUGACCUUUUCUUGGGUGGAUCAGAGACAACAAGCACCACUUUGAACUGGGGCCUGCUCUAUAUGGUGGCAAAUCCAGACGUCCAAGAGAAAGUGCAGAAGGAGCUGGAUGCUGUUCUGGGUCCUUCCCAGUUAAUCUGCUAUGAGGAUCGGAGAAAACUGCCUUACACAAGUGCUGUGGUUCAUGAGGUUCAGCGCUUCAGCAAUAUUAUCUCAGUUGGCCUGCCCAGAGUGUGUGUGAGGAACACUACAUUGCUCGGCUUUCCCCUCAAAAAGGGCAACAUAGUUCUUCCAAAUAUUGCUUCGCCUUUGUAUGACCAAGAGCAGUGGGAAACACCUCGACAGUUCAACCCUGGUCACUUCUUGGAUAAGGACGGAAACUUUGUGCGCCAAGAAGCCUUUUUACCAUUCUCAAUAGGGCACCGUGUGUGUUUGGGGGAGCAUCUAGCGAGGACUGAGCUCUUUAUUUUCUUUGCCAGCCUGCUGCGGGCAUUCACCUUCCGGCUCCCUGAGGGAGUGACGAAGAUCAACACAGAGCCCAUUUUCGGGGGUACGCUGCAGCCCCACCCGUACAGGGUUUGUGCCAUUCCACGCUAG